AUGGGAACUUGCUCGAAUAGACCUGAGCAAAAAUAGAUUUCAGAAAAUCUAAGACUAAGAGCAAUAAUGAUAUUUCAAAAAAUUGAUGUUCAAAAUAAGGGUUAUAUUGAUAAAGAAAGGACAUUAUAAUUUUGGAAAUCGAAUUUUGCAAAAAUAAACACAGAUGCCUUGUUUUCAUAGGUUGAUUAUCAUAAAAGUGGGAACAUAACAGUUUAGGAAUGGUUGGCCUUCUGGGAUAUAGUAAAAUAGUAGGGUUACACCGAAUAAGAGAUAUCAGAUGAACUUGAUGAAUUGCAAUAAGGGAAGGCUUGGGUGUAAUUCUAAAAGGUUGAGGCUUUUAUCAGGGCAGAUACUCAGAGACACAAAACAUAAAUUGAUCAGAUAGUGCAGAUGGAGAAAAAAACAUUACUUAAGUCAAAGUCUUUUAAUUAGAAUUGA